AGCCUUUUGCGUCCUUGUCCACUUACAAGUCUCUGGCAAUCAUUUUAUACUGCUUUGAAUCUCACACCAUCUUCAAAGUGAUCGUUUGCAGAGAGUAUCAGUUGUAGACGCACCGCCUCUCUUCCGAGCCAGUGCAUACGUCAACGCGCUCAUUGUACCAUCUUGAACACCAUCUUACUUGAGCUAUAUACCUACACUCCCUUCUCACCUCAUAUUGUCCAUGUCGUCUCCUGCUGAACAUCAAUCCGCAUCUGAGCCAACAUCUUCUGUAUCGCCCGCUCAGGCCAUCCAGAGCCCAUCAGCUCAGCCUGAGAAACCGUCUUUCAGAGUGUACAGGCCCCCGCAAGCAUCCACGACUUCACCGCGGGAACUUCCUGAGGACUACUUUACACCUAGUGCAGCAGAUCUGAAGGCAGCUCAGGCCUCGCUAUCUGCACGUACCCAAGCUCUUGUCAAUGCACCACUCAGGAACCGGGCGGUGCGUGAGGCGGAGGAGACGGCGAAGAGAGCGAAGUAUCCAACAACGACGAUCCGUGUACGGUUCCCCGAUCGAACACAACUAGAAAAGACAUUCCCUUCGACCGACAAGAUCAAGUCAGUCUACGCCUUCGUCCGGGAAUGCCUGCUAGAGGAUGUCAAGCCUAUCAAGUUUGUCAUAUACCAAACGCCUCCCAAACGUGAACUGAGGGUAUCAGACCCCAACGUACGCGAUUUAUCAUUGUUCGACUUGCACCUCGCACCGUCGUCAGUCCUACAUUUGAAAUUUAUGGAGGAUUCCCUGAAUCAUGUGGAUGUACCAGCUCCUCUUGAUGCCUCUGUUCUUGCACUUGCAGAGGAACUGCCUAUCCCUCCCGAUCCAGAAUCUACCUCACCCCCAGCCUCAUCUUCGUCUACGCCGUCUGCAAGACCGGUUGGGUCAUCGUCAUCUUCGUCUACUUCAUCUGGACCUGUGAAGGUGCCUAAAUGGUUGAAGCUAGGACAUGGAAAAAAGUAAGGGAGCAGCACGUAGAUGGACUAUGUCCUGUAGUAUCGGAUAUAUGGAUACACUGUAUAUACAACGUGUCUGGCAUGACUCCAAUCCCUCAUUCAGUUGCGUCAUGAAUGUCCACCGCGCUGUAGCUCAGGGUCAACAUAUUUCAUGCGACCUCGACCUGGAAUACAGGGC